UCGUUAUCUUUGUAGUUUUAAAUGAUUCGUCCCGCAAAAACGUACGGAUCGAAUCCCAAAAUAAGAACGUAGAGGCGGACAGAGCUUGAGAGUGCACAGUAACAGUCACGCCACCCCAAACCCAACUCCUGCUCCUCCAUCUCCAUCUUCAUCUUCAUCUUCGUCUUCAAGUCGAAUGUACCUUUUGACUUUGAUCGAAACCUCUCUCUCGCUUUGCGUUGCGAGCAGAGAGAGACAUCUGAUCUUCUUCCCUUCCAAAAUAUAUUCUCAUCACUGCUCAAGGUAAUAUGUUCUAAUCCUUCCUUUUCCAUUCUUUAUUACUAGUUACCACGCCCCAUCCGACCUCCUCUCAUUCACGAUGCCGGGCCUAGUCUCCGUUAAGACCCCGCCGGACUCUACGCCGCUCCGGGUUUCAGUCCCCGAUGCCCAAAGAUCCGAGCCCGUCAACUCUAAACCUCCCUCCCCGCUCCCUAAGAGACUUCCUUCUCCUUCCUCUUCCCGAUCCAAAUUCUCUCCUAGGAAGCCCCCGCCAGAGACCCCCACCCCGGAUCUCAACCCCAACUCCGACUCUGCACUUGACAACCCGGAUCUCGGCCCUUUCCUCCUCAAACUUGCCCGUGACGCUAUCGCUUCCGGCGAGGGCCCCACCAGGGCUUUGGACUACGCGCUCCGUGCUUCCCAGUCGUUCGAGCGGUGCGCUUUGGCCGACGGCGAGCCUAGCCUGGACCUUGCGAUGAGCCUUCACGUUCUGGCCGCGAUAUACUGCAGCCUUGGCCGCUUCGAGGAGGCGGUCCCCGUCCUGGAGAGGGCGAUUCGGGUCCCCGACCCUCCGAGAGGUGCGGAUCACGCGCUAGCCGCGUUCUCGGGUUACAUGCAGCUCGGGGACACGUACUCGAUGCUCGGACAGGUCGAUAAAUCCAUCGUCUCCUACGAAGAAGGGCUUAAGAUCCAGAUCGAGGCCUUGGGGGAGUCGGAUCCGAGAGUCGGAGAGACUUGCAGGUACUUAUCAGAGGCCCACGUUCAAGCAAUGGAGUUUGAUAGAGCAGAAGAGUUGUGCAAGAAAACUCUUGAAAUUCAUCGUGUGCACAGUGAACCAGCAUCUCUUGAAGAAGCAGCUGAUCGUCGGCUGAUGGCUCUCAUAUGUGAGGCAAAAGGAGACUACGAAACAGCCCUUGAGCACCUUGUCCUUGCCAGCAUGGCAAUGAUUGCAAACGGAGAAGACAGUGAGGUUGCUGCUAUUGAUGUCAGCAUUGGCAGCAUUUACAUGUCUCUCUGUCGCUAUGAUGAGGCUCUAUUUUCCUACCAGAAGGCCCUUACCGUUUUCAAAUCAUCAAAGGGUGACAACCACCCUUCUGUUGCCUCUGUUUUUGUACAUCUUGCUGACCUAUAUCACAGAACCGGAAAGCUCCGAGACUCCAAAUCCUACUGUGAAAAUGCCCUGAAGAUAUAUGCGAAGCCUGUGCCUGGAGCUACAGCAGAAGACAUUGCUGGCGGGUUGACUGAGAUAUCUGCCAUUUAUGAGUCUGUGGAUGAGCCUGAGGAGGCUCUGAAGCUUCUGCAGAAGGCAAUGAAAAUGUUGGAGGAUAAACCAGGACAGCAAAGCACAAUUGCGGGAAUAGAAGCACGAAUGGGAGUGAUGUUUUACAUGGUUGGGAGGUAUGAAGAAGCAAGGAACUCCUUUGAAAGUGCUAUAGCAAAACUUAGAGCCUGUGGGGAGAGGAAGUCGGCCUUCUUUGGGGUUGUCUUGAACCAAAUGGGAUUGGCUUCUGUACAGUUGUUCAAGAUAGACGAGGCAGCUGAGUUGUUCGAAGAAGCAAGGGGGAUUCUGGAACAGGAGUGUGGCCCAUUCCAUCAAGAUACGAUUGGAGUAUAUGGCAAUCUUGCGGCAACUUAUGAUGCCAUGGGGAGGGUAAAUGAUGCAAUUGAAAUUCUGGAGUAUGUCCUAAAGCUAAGAGAAGAAAAGCUUGGAAUUGCAAAUCCCGACUUUGAAGAAGAGAAGAGAAGGCUAGCCGAGCUCCUGAAAGAAGCAGGCAGGACGCGAGACAGAAAAGCGAAAUCUCUGGAAAAUCUCAUCGAUCCCAACUCCAAGAAGACGAAGAAAGAAGCGAUGAAGAAGUGGCCUAGCUUGGGUUUUCGAAUUUGAGAAAAAAAUCGAUCGUUCUUCCCGAUUCCCAUGUCUUAUUGCUCUCUUACACGUGCACAUUCUGUAGCAUAGAGGAUCAUGUAAAGGGGUUGAAGUUGUAAUUUGGUGAGGUUUUCUGUUUAUUGAUCUUUGAAAUCCCCACUUGUUUUGAUAUGUGAAUUGUUUUGUUCUUUGAGCCUUUUAAGUUGUCUGCCGUAAGGAAAUUUGCCCAUUUGAGUGAAUAAAUUUGAUAACAAUGUUUGCUCCUCAUCAUUUAUGUCUCAUCCUUUAAUUAAACAUCAUUGAACACACAAACUAUUCAAAUUCUAACCAUGACGAUUCACCUGUCCACAAUCACGAUGACCUCAAUCAAUAUUUGAAUCCAACAGCUGAUACCACCAGUUCUCUCUGUACUAGAAUGUUGGGCAGGAAAACCCAUUAGAGAUAUCAGCAAAUGCCUUGUGGUGUUCUGUGUUGCUACAAACAUAUCUAUAUUUGCACUAAAUCUUCUUUGACUUGUGAAUGCCUGAUGACAUAUGAGAGUUGCAUUCCAUGACUUAUUCUCAAUGCAAUAGAGGGGAAUUUUGAUGACAUAUGUUCAUAAACCUAGAAGGGCAGAACAGUUGUCCAAAAGGGGAGCCAGAUAAUUCAUAGUGCAAAGUAUGAGGUCUGAUCCCCCAAAAAACUCAACUUAAAUGAUUUGGAUAAGUUAGACUUGAAUUCAGGGUAAGUGGCAUUGGCAGGAAUGCCAAAUGGCCUUUUUUUUGUUUAAAUUUUAUCUAACAACCACCCGAGGACAUCAAUAAUUCACUCUGAUAUCUGCAAGGCUCGGGUGGUCAUGCGAAUCUCGAAGGCAGUGUACAUCUAGUUUCUCUCACCCUCAGAUUUGGGAUGCCAUUUUUUCUCAACACCCGCCUUCAUUUAAAGGGACUCCCUUCCAUGUGUUGCUUCAUGUUGCAGGACCAAAUACAUGUCAUGCAAGUGACCUAUCAGUUUUGGGUACCAUCCAAAACAUAUGCUUAAUAUGAGACAGACCCUCACCGAACAACCAUCUAUAUUAAUUCCUAUUUGAAUUAUACAUUGAUACAUACAGCUUGUAACUUUUAACUUGGAAAUCCACUUUUCUUUUAGCUUUCUCAUUGUUCUUCUUCUUCUUCAGCUCCAGUAAUGGUUUCUGCAGAUGCUGCUCGAACUGUAGUUGGUAUCCUAGGAAACAUUAUCUCACUCUUCUUGUUCUUAUCCCCAGUG